AUGGACGGCGAUCCUGCAGUCGAGCCGCAGCUCGACUCUUUCAGCCUCGUCUUCCCCUUGCCAUACCGCGUCGGCUUCAUCGUGACUCUCGCCGUCUGGGGAUGGGCCCUCAACCUCCAUGGCCUCCGUCUGAUCAACGUCGACGUGCCGGCCUUGAUACGAUACCCCGGGCGCGCGUCGCCGCACCAUGCCGCCCAUCACACCUCGACCUAUCGCCUUGCCACGGCGCUGUCGGCCCUCUUCGCCCUCUCCAUCACCCUCUUCUGGCUGUUGACAUGGCGCCUGCCAUCGCGCGUCAUUGCCUACGACUGGCUGCCCAUGACCUACCUCGUCGCCCUCGUCGCCCUGUUUUUCCUUCCCCUGCGAGCCCUUCCGAGCGGCGGCCGGCGCCGAUUUUUUGCCACUCUGCGCCGCGUGAGCAUCGGUGGCAUCGCCGAGGCGCACGACGGCAAGUUUGGGGACAUCUUGCUGGCCGAUGUUUUGACAUCGUAUGCCAAGGUAUGCGGCGACCUCUUUGUCGCCCUCUGCAUGUUUGUUAGCCCCGGCGGCUCGUCGACGGACCGCCCCGAUCGAAACUGCGGAGGAGUUGUUCUCGUGCCGCUCCUCAUGGCCGUGCCGAGCUUGAUCCGAUUUCGGCAGUGCGUCAUCGAGUACCUGCGCGUGCGGCGCGCUCCCUACAAGGAAUCGACGGGCUGGGGAGGACAGCAUCUGGCCAACGCGCUCAAGUACUCGACGGCGUUCCCCGUUCUCAUCACGAGCUCGCUGCAGCGCAACGUGCAGGACGAGGGCGCACAGGCCGCCCUCAACAGGUCCUGGCUGGCGGCAGUCCUGGUCAACUCGCUCUACUCCUUUUACUGGGAUGUGGCAAAAGACUGGGACCUGACCCUCUUCGCCCCACGGCGAGAGCGCAACUCUCCUCACCACGCCUGGGGCCUGCGUGACCGGCUACUCUUCCGUUCCGCCGGUCUCUACUACGCAGUCAUCGGUCUGGAUCUGAUGCUGCGUUGCACUUGGUCCAUGAAGCUCAGCCCUCAUCUCUACAAGUUCAGUGACUUUGAGAGCGGCAUCUUCUUGAUCCAGCUGCUCGAGGUGCUGCGGCGUUGGGUCUGGAUGUUUUUCCGCGUGGAGACGGAGUGGAUUCGGAAUUCAUCCACCGGCCUCUCCAUCGACGAUAUCCUACUGGGCGACUACCAGGGAAAGCACGAGGACGACGAGUAG